AUGCGAAAAGUACCUGGUUUGCUCACGAUAGUUUUAUCGGUGAUUGCUUCACUCGAUGGAAAAUCUUUUUCCGAAAGCGGUCUACCAUCCAGAUAUCAUGUUAGCGGUGUUAUCCAAUUGCCCUAUGCAGAGAUCAGUGAACCAUUUGAAUCGUGGAUUGAUGUGACAUUAGGUUUUUCACGCAUUGACUAUUACGGUGGUGCAGCGAAGACUCUUCAACGCAAAGGCAAAAGUGAUCAAGAUUUCGGAGCUAAUUACAAGAUUGUACCCAUCUCAACUGAAGAAGUUCUCAAUCAACUCACUUGUUUUCAAUCCAAUGGUUCGGCAGAAGGAUCAGUCGACGUUCAACACACUGUUCCUGAUAUCAACUCAUUUGAAGAUCUAGGUCCAUCGGAAUGGCGCGGAAUCAAAUGUCAGAUGUAUCAAAGCAUCGAUCAGGUGGGUGAUAAACGAUCGACAUAUACAUAUUAUAUCAACGCCGAAACGAAACAUCCAGUUCACUAUGAAAUGUUUGGCUAUGACACAUUAAUUGGUUCACAUUUCGAUAAAUAUACCAUUGAUUAUUAUAAUUAUGAUGAAGAACCUAUUGAUGAAAGUCUCUUCCAUUUCACUGAUGAACUGAAAUGUAUACCCUUUCCGGAUUCGGACAAUGAACACACAUCGCCACGUGUUCUUUUUAAUCCGAUGAGUGAAUAUAUCAAUCGUCAUGGUGAAGACGAAUUGGAGUCGUCGUUUGAACAGUUUAAAAGAAAACAUAGCUAUCGAUAUAACGAUGAACAUGAACAUCGUCACCGUUUGAAAGUCUUUCGACACAAUAAUCGAUACGUCAAUGCAAAAAAUCGUGCAGGACUUUCAUACAAAAUGAAACUAAACAAAUUUGCUGAUCGAACUGAUGAAGAAUUGCGCGUACUUCGUGGUCGUCAACAUACAAAAGGUUAUAACGGUGGUCUUCCAUUUCCAGUCGAAGAAUUGACAAGUAGUAACGAAGCUCUACCGGAAUCGAUCGAUUGGCGUAUCAUGGGAGCAGUUACACCAGUUAAAGAUCAAGGUAUCUGCGGUUCAUGUUGGACUUUUGGUACAACAGGUGUUAUCGAAGGUGCUUAUUUCGUGAAACAUGGUUCCUCGAUUCGUUUGUCCGAACAAGAUUUAGUUGAUUGCUCAUGGGGUUUUGGAAAUAACGGCUGUGAUGGUGGUGAAGACUUUCGUGCCUAUCAGUUCAUCAUGAAACAUGGUGGUAUUGCAUACGAAGACUCCUAUGGACCGUAUUUACAAGAAGACAGCUUCUGUCACCAUGAUAUCGCUACAAAAGGCGCGAAAAUUCUUGGCUAUGUGAAUGUUACGGCAGAAAGUGAAGAAGCAUUGAAAAUCGCAAUUGCUAAGAAAGGACCCGUUUCUGUUGCCAUCGAUGCUGCUCAUAAAAGUUUUGUAUUCUACGCAAGCGGAGUUUACUAUGAACCAGACUGCGGUAGCAAACUCGAAAACUUAGAUCAUGCCGUCUUAGCUGUUGGUUAUGGAACAUUAAACGGUCAAGAUUAUUGGUUGGUCAAGAACUCAUGGUCAACUUAUUGGGGUAAUGAUGGCUACGUCUUAAUGGCACGAAAGAAUAACAAUUGCGGUGUGGCUACAGCAGCCACUUAUGUUAUCGUUGCAUAA